AUGCGAUAUUCUUUUCCUGUAUAAUCAAAAUUAUAAAUAGCAAAUAAUAUAUGAUUUUUGUUUAGUAAGUCAUCAUGAUUUCGUCUAUAGUUAUUCUCUUAUGUAUUUACUCGAGUGAAUAUGUUGUGUCAGAAAAAUCGUCUGCUGCUACCCCUGCUGAUAAAAAAUUAACAAAACUAUUGGAAGUUAAAUUGGAAAGUAGAACCAGUUCGUUGAGGAUUGAUUUUGGAAGGUUUCUCUAUCCUCAAACUGAAGAUAUCGAUUUAGGAACCAAAGAUGAAUAUUUUCAAGUUCCCUUAAAGUUGUCAUUUGGGACAGAUUAUAGGCAAAAUGGAAUUAAAGGGAACGAAGGAACUGCUUCAAGUAUUCUUGACCAAUGUAAAUAUUUGGUUGGUAGAAGUCAAACACCAUUUUGUCGUUUGAACCUAGUUGCGAAAAAUUCAGAAACUAAUCAUCCAAGAAGUUGCAGAGAAAUUCUAGAAGCUGGAAACAAUAAAUCUGGUGUAUACCAAAUUAAACCACGUACCAGUAGCAAACCAUUCGCUGUACUGUGUGAUAUGGAAACUAAGGGUGGUGGCUGGACUCAUAUUCAAAAGAGAUUUGACGGAUCACAGGACUUUUAUCUACCUUGGAGAGAUUACAAAUUCGGUUUUGGUGAACUAUUGGGUGAAUUUUGGCUUGGACUUGAAAAUAUUUAUCACAUGACUGCAUUCGAUAGAAACGAACUUCUUGUAGAGUUAACAGAUACGGACAAGAAUAUUAGUUAUGCACAAUAUUCAACGUUCUCAAUUGGCUGCGAAAUGGACGGCUACCCGCUCAAGGAACUUACGGGAUACGCAGGCAAUGCAGGGGAUGGUUUAAAGUAUCAUCUCAAUGCAAAGUUUUCAACGUUGGAUGUGGAUCAAGACAAAGAUUCUCGAAAUUGUGCACAACAAUUUGAGGGUGCUUGGUGGUAUGUAACUUGCCACAACAGCAAUCUUAAUGGGAAAUAUAUGACAGUAGUACUUCCUGAUGCAUAUACAGCACAUGGUCUUAACUGGCAUCCCCUUAAAAACGCACACGUAAAUUUGUCGGGCUCCAGAAUGAUGAUCAGACCAAUAAUUUGACCAAUUAUAUUGGAGGAGAAUAAAUACCUAGUUCUUAAUAAAAGAAUAUACCUAUGUACAUUAUUAAGUAUGGCCCUGUGUGUGAUAAUAUUUUAAUAUAGUUUCUAUGCAUUA